GACUGGGAUCCCGGAACCAGCGCCGCGCCGUCGGACGAGGACCCCCUCGCGCCCGAGGGCGCCGAGCCCUGCGACGCCAUCGAGAGCGCGCCGCUGCCAGAGGGACUGCUCGACGGCGAUCCCGACCCGAGGGAAGCGAGCCCGUCGGCGGCGCCCUCCCCUGGCGAGACGGCGGCGUUCUGCCGGCGGCAUUGGGAGCUGGUGCAGAAGGGCGAGCAGGGGCAGCGUCGAACCCGUUCGCGGAGCCCUGGGAGCCCUCGCGGCAGCAGCGGCAGGCGGGGCGGCUGCGGGGGCCCCAGCCGCCCGGCCCGAACGGCGCGGACGCCGCCGCAGGCACGGCGGCCGUGGCGUGGGGCGCCACCCGACCAGAGGCCCUGGAGCAGGAGGGCCGCGCGGGCGCGGCGGCGGCGCGGUUCUGCGCGUGGUGCGGCGGACAGGUGCCCCCGAACUUGGUCCAGGCCAGAUUCUGCAUCUUCUGCGGCAAGGCGCACGGCGGGGCCACCAGCGCCGCCGUGCCGAGCGGUCCAGCGAAGGCGCCCGCGGAGGUGGCGCCCGGCGCGGCGGCGGGCACGCCGUGGCGGGCGCGGGCGGCGCGGCGCCGGUCGGCGCGCGCGGGCGCGCCCCGCCGAGGCCGGGGCUCUCCGGCGUGGCAGGCCCAGGCGCGCCCCCCACGGCGGCCCCCCCGUGGAGGGGCAGUCGCGGCAGCGCCGCUGAGGCCGACGCCGAGGCGGAAAUCCUCGGCGAGCUGACGGAUGCAGCUUGGAAUGCGAUGACACCCGGCGAGCGCAUAUUGGCGUUGGUCAAGACAGGGACCACGCCGAAGGUCGACGUGCCAACCGAGCUGCAGUGA